UGAGUCAACGGAGCACUUUCUCUGGAUGUUUGAGAGAUUUCUGCCGGGAUUAAAACCCUGAAAGCGACCGCAGCUCAACAGCGAUGUUGCCAUCCAGCUUUUGAAGUUUUCAAAGGAUGCAUACAACACGCAGCCCUUCUUCCAUCCCGACAGGUGUCUCCGGAGACGCCUUGGACCUCAGUUUAUCAGGCUCCCAGCUCUCUAUGUCCAAAAGACCCAGCAGUGCGUCGCCUGGGAAAUACUUCUCUCGGUCUGUGUCAGUGUCUGUGGCAAGCGACAGCAGAGGAAAACGCAACACGCUGAGUGAUGCCAGCUUCGGGAGCUCCCGCUCCAUCAAGAACCUGAGGCGCUCCAACAGCACCACACAGGUCAAUCAGCAGGCCAACAUCAGUUUAAGUCAGGACCCGAGUGAGGACUACCUCGCCCUGUUUGACAGCAGCUCAGAUGGACGCAAGAAACUGGCCAGUCUCAGCAAAGCCUCGCCGGACAGAACCACAUGGAACAUCCUGGACGAUCAGCCCCGAUCGUUCCCGCUGCACUCCAGCUCCCGCAGCACCGGCAGCGUGGACUCUCCCACCAGCCUGAAAAAGAGAGAGCCUGGCAUCGCUUUGGCUGCAACCUUCACCGCCAACAACAGGAGCAACAAGGGAGCUGUGGGGAACUCCGUCACCACCAUCUUACACAACAACUACUCUGAGAAACCACUGACACCCAAGAGCUCCAACCAGAGACCGUCCUUUAAUAACAUCCUGAAGGCGACAGCGAACGACGAGGUGUCACAAGACAACAGCUCGCUGACAAAGUCCCAGAAGAACUUCUCCUCAGCUCCCUCCGCCUCCAACAACAGGUCUCCUGUGUCUGCGCAGCGCAGCAGCCCCGUCCUGCCCCGCCGGAGGGAGGUCACCGAGGAGGAGGCAGAGAGGUUUAUUCAGCAGGUGAACCAGGCAGCCGUCACCAUCCAGCGCUGGUACAGACGCCACGCCAAGAGACGCCACGCUAACCAGGCGGCACUCAAACGCAUCCUCGCCAGUAAAAGAAAGGAGUGGGAGGAGAGGACGGAGGAGGACGGUCGCCUGGAGCAGCAGCAGCAGAAAAAGGACGAAGACAGGAGACGAAUCCGUGAAGAGAAAGCUCGUCUGGCUCGUCUGGCUGCCAUCCAGGAGCUGCAGCAGAAAAGAGUCCAGCGGGUUGCAGAGCCUCAGCACACGGCCGAGCUGGAGCUGGACGGUUUGAGGCAGACGGGAGGACGAAAGAAGCCGCCCAGGAUCUGUCCCACCAACAAAAGUCCAGCGUCACCGAGCAACAACGGCCCGCUGUCCCCCACAGAUGUCAAAGCUAAAAACACAGAUUCCAACUUGAACAUUGCGGUGGAUCUGAGCGAGCUGAGCUUCAGAGCCAUUUCUCCAGCUCUGUCCAACCACAGAGACUCUCAGUGCUCACAGGAUCCGGAGGACCGAGUGGAGGCGGACGUGUGCCCGGAGCAGCAGCAUCAGCAGAACGACAGGAAGUUAAACCGUAAAGAGAAAGCUCGUCUGGCCCGCCUCGCUGCGUCGCAGGUCAACUCAUCAGAGGAGCUGCAGCAGAAAAGAGUCCAGCGGGUUGCAGAGCCUCAGCACACGGCCGAGCUGGAGCUGGACGGUUUGAGGCAGACGGGAGGACGAAAGAAGCCGCCCAGGAUCUGUCCCACCAACAAAAGUCCAGCGUCACCGAGCAACAACAGCCCGCUGUCCCCCACAGACGUCAAAGCUAAAAACACAGACUAUAACCUGAACAUGGUGGCUGAGUUCGGUGAGCUCUCCGGCUUCAGAGCCGUUUCUCCGGCUUUGUCUAACUGCAGAGGCUCCCAGUGUUCACAGGAGAUCCUGCAGAGGUCGGUGAGUGUGGAGGACCAGCGGCAGGGAGCUCCGUCCAGCAGGGCUCAGUCCAAAACCACCCUGAACGAGCUGCUGGACACCCUGAAGCUGCUGGAGGAGGAGCCAGAGCGGCUGUCGGAGCCAAAGGUCUACAGCAAAGACAAAUACGCCUGGAUCGAUGAGGACGGAGACUCCAACUCUCUGACCACAGACAACCUGGAGCGUCACGGCCAGCUGAGUCACCACCCCGCUCUGCCAGACGGGGGCGCCCUGCUCUCCGAGGCCAAGCUGCAGAGCAUCAUGAGCUUCCUGGACGAGAUGGAGAAGUCUGAACAGGAGAGGCCGCGAUCCGUCACGUCGGGGUCACACAGAGAGGCCGUGCUGUCUGAGGAGGAGCUGGUCGGCGUCGAGCAGGCGUCUGCCACCGCCGCCGAGGUCAGCGGCUCCAUGAUGAGAAUCAAACUGGAGCUGGAGGAGAAGAAACGCACCGUCAACAUGCUGCAGGCUGCUCUGGCGCAGCAGAGGGAGCUCACAGUGAGACACGUGAAGGAGACGGAGAAGGAGCUCAACAGAAACUUCCAGCUCCAGAAGGAACAAUACGAAGCCACCAUCCAGAGACACCUCACGUUCAUCGAUCAGCUGAUCAAUGACAAGAAGGCUCUGAGCGAGCGCUGUGAAGGAGUGGUGGCAGAGCUGAAGCAGGUGGACCAGAAGUACACCAAGAAGAUCGCACAGAUGCAGGAGCAGCAUGAAAUGGUGUGGCAAAUUCUGGGUCCGUUGUGCGAGGAAAUCAAGAAGUUGAAAGAGCUAAUGAGCGCCACAGAGAAGAUCCGCCGGGAGAAAUGGAUCGACGAGAAAACCAAGAAGAUCAAAGAGAUCACAGUCAAAGGUCUGGAGCCAGAGAUCCAGAAGCUGAUCUCGAAGCACAAGCAGGAGCUGAAGAAGCUGCGGACGCUCCACGAGGCGGAGCUGCUGCAGGCGGACGACCGGGCGGCGCAGCGCUUCGUGCGGCAGUGUGAGGAGCUCCGGCAGCAGCUGGAGAGAGAGAAGGACGAGCAGUGUCAGAGAGAGAGGGAGCUCGCCAAACAGAGGUAGGCAGGUCGCGUCAGGACCGACACUGACCUCCUGCCCAGGGACACACAUCACAUACUGCUGCACUUCAUUCUGAUCUACAGGCUGAAAUCAUUCUUUAAUUCAUGCAAAAAAUAAGGAUGCAAACACGCCACGCAAGAAAUUCAAAUAAACACGGUAGAUGUUAACUGGUUUUCAUAAGAAAACCUAAAAAAACUGGACCCGAAUCUCCCACAGUUUUUUGUUCCUGCGGAUCCUUAAAAAGUCUU